UCUCAUUGUUACAUCAUAGAGCACUCCUUCUCAUUCUCUCUUCCUCUCUUUGUUUUUCCCUCCACUUUUCCCUCCCUUAUUCCUUCUUCCCUUAUCCCAUUCCCAACCCCUUCUUAUACCGGAAUAUCCCUCCCAACCCUUAUUCCAUUCCCACAAAACCCGGAAUCACAGGGGCAUUAUGGGAAAAUACAUGAAGAAAACCAAGAUGAUCACCGGCGAGGUCUCCGUCAUGGAUCUCGCCGCCCAUCAAUCCCUCCUCGGCGUUCGCACUCGUGCUCGCACUCUCGCUCUUCAGCGCCUCCAGAAGCCCCCAUUGCCGGAGGAACUGGAGGAAGAGGAGGAAGAGGAGGAGGGUGAAGCACCCUCGGCCUCGUCUUACCUCCAGCUCCGUAGCCGCCGGCUUGAGAAACCUAAACCUAAAGAUUCAAACCCUAACCCUAGGUCCAGGUCGAAUUCGGGGUCUACUGAGUCUGCUAGAAGUUGCCGGGAUGAUCCUUCGCUUGACCCUGAGGCCAACGUUGAGGUCUCGUUUGGAGACAAUGUUUUUGAUGCCGAGGCGAGGGAUAGGACUGUGAGGGAAACAACACCGUGCAGUAUGAUAAGGAAUUCUGAAUCGAUAAGGACGCCUGGCUCGACUACCAGACCCACCAAUUCAACUGCAUCCAGCAGGAGGAUGAAAGUUGGAUGCACUCAAACAUCCCCAACAUCCCAUGAGAUGGAAGAGUUUUUUUCUGGUGCAGAGCAAAUGCAGCAGAGGAUGUUUGCUGAAAAGUAUAACUUCGAUCCCGUCAAUGAUAUUCCACUUCCCGGCCGCUAUGAAUGGGUGAAAUUAGACUACUAAGGAGCAUGAUCUCAUCCCUGCUUUGCAUCUCUCUUCAUUAAUCUCUUGCUAGGCUUUUCAAUGUAGGUGAGUUUGUAGAUGCCAGAGCGUCGUCGGUGGUUGGUAUUCUCUCUUGUAAAGUUAAAAAAAAAAAGCAGUAGUUGCAGAGAUUGAUAGUGUAGUCUAAUGGUCUGUAACAUACAGAGCUGAUGUGUUAUACCGAAAAGGCGAAUAUAAAACCCAGAGUCUCAGUCUCUCUAACAGAUCAUUUAUGCUUCCAUGGUCCUGAUUUUCCUUGUAACAACAACAGGCAUGUUAAAGUCCAUAGCAUUCCUUUAUUGACUCUAAAAACUAAUCUUGGAUUAUGAAUUGCUUGUGAUGCUGCAAAGAAAUCAAUAAAUUCAGGUUGUUUAAUACUCUC